AUGGUUCCGCACCAGCCUAAUGAUGCGACGCGAGAAAUUCAAGAGGCUCAGAAGGAGCAGAGGGCGGCGCUGGACAUGCUUACAAAGCAGUUAUCUCAAGUUGCCAUGUCGCUGGGAGAGCUGAGAGGCAACGAAGGGAAAAUUCCUGCCACGGUGCAGCAGCCUGGGCGUGAGAAUAUAAGCGAAGUCUCCCUGAGGUCAGGGAAGGUAUACCAGAGCCCCAGCCAACUUGCAGUGUCUCCAGUAUCUAUGUCUGGACCGAGCCACCAAGAGGAAGAAGAAUCCAAUGGAGCUGAUCAAGCCAAAGGAAGAGAUAAAGGCAAAGCGAAAAUGGGAGGCGAGACCUCGGGAGAAUGUCGAGAAGAAGAAGCCGAGAAGGUCAAGCCAUAUCCAUACCGCAGAAUGGUUACUAGGAAGAAAGACGCCACAAUCGAUUUGGCCAGUAUGUUCAAAGAUGUGGAAGUCAAAGUACCACUCUUGACGGCAUUAAAAAUGCCCCCGAUCAGUAAAUUCAUCAAGGACUACCUGGCGGGAAAGGUCAAUGAAGAAGGGAGACUGAUUACAGAAGAGAAUGUCUCCGCAGUGAUCCAGCGGAGCUACCUCCCAUCAAAGAAAAUCGACCCAGGGAUGUUCACGCUCCCGAUUUCAAUUGGGGAUAUUCAAGUGGAGCACGCAAUGUGCGAUUUAGGGGCUUCCAUCAAUGUUCUUCCGUAUGCUAUCUACAAAAAGCUGGGAGAGGCCAAGCUCGUUGAUACUGAUAUCAUGAUACAGCUGGCCGACAGAUCUUGCAUUCACCCGGAGGGGAUUCUUGAAGAUGUAAUAGUGAAGGUGAACAAUUUUCUAUACCUAGCCGACUUCUUCGUCAUCAAGAUGACAGAGCCAGCAGCGAAGGAGUCCAGCGGAGUUCUACUGGGAAAAAGACCGUUCCUGUCUACGGCCAGCACUAUAAUAGACGCCCGUAAUGGGACGAUCAGUUUGGAUUUCAACGAAGAAAAGUUUACGUUCAACAUCGACUAA